AUGGCCCUUCCCGUUGUCCAUACACUCACAGAGUGUGCAGACUUCCAAAACACCGUCGCACCCUUCAUUGACCAACUGCGACCUUUCCCUCAGGUGUUCUGGGAAUCGAUUGCCAAUUCUGCCGCCCUCAACCAACUUUAUGUCGACACCAAUCCACUGGUGACUUCGACAGCCUUCGCUCUGGCCCUUGCUCCGAUCUUUCUACUUGUGUCCGAGAUCAAUAGGAAUUAUUCCCAGGUCGAUCGCUUCUGGUCCAUUCUGCCCACUGUCUUCAAUUUCCACUAUGCGGUCUACGCUCGCGCGGCCGGUAUCGAUACCAAACGAGUGGAUGCUGUUUUAGCUGUCAGCAUGCUAUGGAGUGUGCGCUUGACCUACAACUACUAUCGAAAGGGCGGUUACAACGUUGGAACUGAGGACUAUCGAUGGGCUACUGUCAAGGCCACUAUCGGGGCGCCUCUCUUCUUCGUCAUGAACGUUGUCUUCAUCGCGUUCAUGCAGUGUAUUCUCCUUCUCGCCAUCACAACCCCAACUUACAUUUUGCUGUUGACCGGUCGCCUCGCCAGCAACAGCUCCUCGUCCCAAGGCUGGACGAUACUUGACCCAGUCCCGUAUGUUUUCAUGUUGGGCCUGAUUGGAAUCUCUUUCAUAGCCGAUCAACAACAAUGGGAUUUCCACAAGGCCAAGGCUGAAUACCAAAAGACUGCCAAAGUCCCAACAGACUACAGUCGUGCCGAGCUCGAUCGAGGCUUUUUGAGCUCUGGACUCUGGGCAUAUUCCAGGCACCCAAACUUCACGGCUGAACAAGGCGUUUGGGUCGUUUUAUACAUCUGGUCCUGCAUCGCCUCCCAGACAUUAUACAACUGGACAGGAGUUGGCGCCUUUUCAUACCUCUGCCUGUUCCAAGCCAGUACAUGGUUGACUGAGCUCUUGUCGUCACGAAAGUACCCGGAGUACAAGGUUUAUCAACGUUACGUGGGCAAAUUUCUACCCAUCCCAGGCAUGUCAGCCAAAUUUCCCGUAUCGGCUUCAAAACCUGUCAAUGGUUCUGUGACGGCCACUAGCGACGCAACCAAAGCCAGAGCGAGGUAUGACCUCCGCUGAAAUCCCUGAAUUAUGAUGAAUUUAGAGUCCUCGAGGCUGUCGUUGGAUAUAAGACUGUCAAUAGGGG